CUGCGCCCGUCCCUGAAUGGCUCUGGUUUUGUGCGCACAUGUGACCACUGAAGGCGCUCUCUGGGUGCUGAAGUGGACAGCUCCCCGCGCAGAUAAACAGCACCGAACCGAAGCACCAUGGCUCGUUUGGCGUCCUCUUUCAGCCGCUUUGGGACUCUUCUCUCCUUUUACUGAGGGAAGAACCAGUUUCAUCCAGCUGCGCGUCAUUUUUUUAAAACAAUGGAGUCAUUUUAGACGGACAAAGAGAGAGAGAGAAAGAGAGAGCGGCGCAAUUAGAAGGCGGGUGGAUGGUGGGGCACCUGUAGCUGGAUCUGGAGCGCUGGAGGUGGGAUUGUGUCCGUCCUGAAGAGGGACCGGCCCCGGGAGGUUUGAUCUCGUGUCGGGGAAGCUUAAAUGUAACCUAAAGCCAUUUAGGUGACGGAAGCAUUAAUUUCUAAGCCGCUCUCUGGUGGCUGCCUUCACACAGGUGGGAGCAUGGAUAGAGAUGCGUUUUCUUUGGCUGGAGUAGGUUCAGCGCGUCCAGCGCGCUUUUGUGGAAACUAAAUUGAAACAUUUCACCGCUUUUCCACGAAUUCCCACCUCUUUUUGAUUAUUUUUCCACCUUUUUUAAUAGGAUACAAUAUUUUUAACUCAAACAUGGGGAAAGAGGAGUGCAAAACCAUGCUGGACGCUUUAAACAAAGUCACAGCCUGCUACAGGCACUUGGUCAUCGCUUUAGGAAGCACAUCGGAUUCCCAGAACCUGCGAGAAGAGCUGAAGAAGACCCGUAAAAAAGCCCAGGAGCUGGCCGUGGCCAACAGGACUAAGCUGACCUCCUUGCUCAAAGACAAGAGCAUCAGCAAGGAGGACCGCGCCGAGUACGAGCGCCUGUGGGUGCUGUUCUCCAGCAGCAUGGAGCUCCUGGAGGUGGAUAUGAAGCGCUCCCUGGAGAUAGGGCAGGAAUUCCCCAUCAAGGUGCCCACGAGGCACUUCAUCCAGACGGGGAUGACAGGUAGCACCAACGCGGUGGCAGCCCGGGCCAUGAGCGUCCAGAACAUGAAGUACGAGGCCGACAGUAACAUCGAUACGGCGGACCUCCGGGACCUGCAGACCGAGAUCACGCAGGUGACCCAGAUGGUGGAGGAGAUGGAGAUGAAAGUGCAGGUGGCACCGUGGGCAGUCGUGGCCAAGCAGGAAGCAGGAGCCGAGCUCAAGUCCAACAUGAGCGUGGGAAAUUCCUCCGUUGGCGUCAUCUCCAUCUGCGAGGAGGAGCCCAAGGAUGAUGAAAGCGGAGGCGCCAGGGAGGGGAGAUCCGCGUCCGUCGGAGCCGUGGUGGUGUUCUUUGUUAUCGUCGGGGUGGCUUUGGUUUUAGGAUAUUUAGUUAUCAACAUGUCGUGAAGUGUAUCUGAGCAGCCCGGAUGGACAAACAGCAGAGCAGGGAGCUCACUACCGGAGAGGAGAUGUCUAGGAGGAAGAUGUUGUCAAAGUUAGACAAUCCCAAUUCUGAAUGUAUUCUGCUGGGUUCAGGAAUAUUGCACUUGAUGAUAGUCUACUAUAGUGACUGGUGGACAUAGAUCCUAAAAAGGUGCUUUUGAUGGGAGGAAUAGGUCGUUACUUUAUUUUUGGGAGGAUACAUAAAAAGUGCUAAAAUGAUCUCACAGUGUCUGGCUAUCACCUUGAUGAUCCGAACACCUAAUCCGUGUGGAUUAGGUGUGGAGGUAAAAAAAAAAGACCAAGUGUAAAUCUAGCCAUGCGGUAUCCCCGUUCAGCUGACUGAUGCUUUAGAUGUACGAAUCCAAUCAGUCAAACGUGCUAGGGCUUACUCCUCAUCAUCACGGAUGUAAAUGAUCAAAUCUGCACGAUUUAACACAUUUCUAAUCAUCAGUAACCCGGCUGGCACACCGGGACCCUCUAAUCUGAGGUUCUCGUGUGCUGCACGAGGCUCUUUGGACCUGUUUUAACACAGCACCUGCUCACUGAAGCCAGUUCUUGUCUCUCUUUCAGGGUUCUCUCGCUGUUUUGAAUGUAUCGCAACACAAAUGAAGAUUUGUAUGCUGCUGAGCCAGAUCAUGUACAUACGAUCAAUUCUAUUUAUUAAAUAACGCUCAAACACA